GGUCCGCCUUCUACUGUCACGUGGUGUGAGCUGUUUUCUUAUCACGUGGUUGCAGCCCAGGCUGCUCUGCUCCUGUCGCUUCUUUGGAUGCCGGCGCUGCUGCCUGUGGCCUCCCGCCUUUUGUUGCUACCCCGAGCCUUGCUUUCCAUGGCCUCUGGAAGUACCCCAUCCCAGCCCUCGUCGGCUUCGAGCUCCAGCUACGUCCCCGGCUCGGUCUCAGCAGCCUUUGUUACUUGCCCCAAUGAGAAGGUCGCCAAGGAGAUCGCCAGGGCUGUGGUGGAGAAGCGCCUAGCAGCUUGUGUCAAUCUCAUCCCUCAGAUUACAUCCAUCUAUGAGUGGAAAGGAAAGAUUGAGGAGGACAGUGAGGUUCUGAUGAUGAUUAAAACUCAAAGUUCCUUGGUUCCAGCUUUGACAGAUUUUGUUCGUUCUGUACACCCUUAUGAAGUUGCAGAGGUGAUUGCACUGCCUGUGGAACAGGGGAACUCUCCAUAUCUGCAGUGGGUGCGCCAGGUCACCGAGAUCGUUUCUGACUCCAGCACAGUCCUACCAUGA